GAAUGCAGCAGGGAAUAAAUACAUCAUGUGCAGAUUAUUGUGUCAGCUACAAAUCCAAUACAAAAACACCAAUUUAUUUCUGUUGCCAAACACACCUGCUGUGUCUCAGUUUGCAUAGCAGCCUGGGAGAACUUCUGCAGAAUACAGAAAGGCUUUUCAGACUGUCUUGAGCCAGAGCUGCUCCUCUGAACUUCACUGCAGCCCUGCUUCCUUGCAUUCAGUCUCUGUAUUCUUUGCAAUGCUCUCACUCAGUGGGGUUGAGCUGUAAUUCUCUCUCUUACCUUAAGGAUGUGUAGCUGACUGCAAGCCUCAGUUUUCCCAAAAGCUAUGAGGAAUACAGCGACUGACUAUGCUGUCCUACAGUUCUGCUGCAGAAAAAAACAGAAAUCCCUGUAGAAAGAAGAAGGUAGACCCUGGGAGACAGAAUGUAUGGAGGAUUCUGCAUUUCCAGUUGACCACUCUGCUCUAAAGUUUACCAUGGGCUUGUGCAAUGCUGCUUGAUGCUACAUUCUAUGCGAUGUGAACAAGUAGCCCAGUGAAUUGGAGAUGUAAACAGACGCUUUCUACUGCUGCAAUGCUCUGCACAGGAAUUAAUUGAAAUGACUUUGUGGGUUCCCAGCCUGAGGCUACAGUCUUUGGAAGAAUGCAGCAGUCAUUACAUAUACAACAAGUGGAGUGGCUGGCAUUAUUGGCAGCUCUGUGGAAAUCUAUCUGCAGCAAGGAAAAUGUUCUUGGAGGAGAGAGUGGUCGAGCUUCCUAACAAACGCUGCUGAGGUGCUGCGCGAUGCCAAACUUUGCAGCAUGCCAAAUAGCAACCGCAUAUUCUGAAGGCUCUGGGAGUAAGGCUGGAGAAGAUGGAUACUUUUGGUUAUGCUGUGUUACUGCUCAAUGCUCUGCUAAAUAUGGUGGAUCAGAGUUAUGGAGCAGAAAAGACUUUUCCUGUCCUGAAUAUUGCAGUUAUUUUGGGAAGAACUCGAUAUAUUACAGAGAAAGAUGUCCGGUCACUCUGGACAAGGGAUAUGUCCUUGAACUUUGAUGUCAAUGUGGUGACCCUGCUAGUAAACCAGACAGACCCCAAAAGUAUUAUCACCCAUGUAUGUGAUCUGAUGUCAGGCACCAAGAUCCAUGGUGUAGUUUUUGGAGAUGAUACUGACCAAGAGGCCAUAUCUCAGAUUUUGGAUUUUGUUUCUACUCAGACUUUCAUCCCGAUUCUUGGUAUUCAUGGUGGGUCUUCAAUGAUUAUGGCACACAAGGAUGCCAUGUCAACUUUCUUCCAGUUUGGAGCUUCCAUCACGCAGCAAGCUAUUGUCAUGCUUAGAAUUAUGGAGGAAUAUGACUGGCAUGUUUUCUCUCUUAUAACAAGCACUUUCCCAGGAUAUCGAGACUUUAUAAGUUUCAUAAAAAACACUGUGGAAAAUAGUUUUGUGGAUUGGGAUGUGCAGAAUGUAAUUACUCUGGACGCAUCAUAUACUGAUGCACAAACCCUUACUCAGCUGAAGAGGAUCCAUUCUUCUGUUAUACUCCUUUAUUGUUCAAAGGAUGAAUCGAUUAGAAUAUUUGAAGAAGCACGCUCUCUAGGCCUUAUGGGAUAUGGUUACAUCUGGAUUGUUCCUAACCUGGUGACAGGUAACACAGAAAUAAUACCAUUUGAAUUUCCAACUGGAUUAGUUUCUGUAUCUUAUGACGACUGGGACUAUACCUUGGAAGCCAGAGUGAGAGAUGGCCUCGGAAUUAUCACCACAGCUGCAUCAGCCAUGUUGGACACGUAUUCUAUAAUUCCAGAAGCCAAGACAAACUGCUAUGGUCAAAACGAACGGAAUGAGAUGCCAGCUCACACUCUGAACGAAUUUUUGAUAAAUGUGACAUGGGAUGGCAGAGAUUUGUCCUUUACAGAAGAUGGUUAUCAAGCAAAUCCCAAACUGGUGGUUAUAUUGCUGAACACAGAAAGAGAGUGGGAAAAGGUUGCUAAAUUGGAGAACAAAAGCUUGGAGGUGAAAUAUCCUGUAUGGCCAAGGAUAACCGGGGCUCUGGAGAGUGAGCCUGAUGACAACCAUCUCAGUAUUGUAACUUUAGAGGAGGCUCCAUUCGUCAUUGUUGAGAACAUGGAUUAUCUCACAGGAACAUGUGUAAGGAAUACUGUGCCAUGUCGGAAAUAUAUCAGGUUAAACAAUUCCACAACUGAGGGGACAUAUGUGAAAAAAUGCUGCAAAGGAUUCUGCAUAGAUAUCUUAAAGAAACUGUCAAAGACUGUGAAAUUCACAUAUGACCUUUACCUCGUAACCAAUGGGAAGCAUGGCAAAAAAAUCAAUAACGUUUGGAAUGGAAUGAUUGGUGAAGUGGUUUAUAAGCGAGCAGUUAUGGCAGUGGGUUCACUCACGAUUAAUGAAGAGCGCUCGGAGGUUGUUGAUUUUUCAGUUCCAUUUGUCGAAACUGGAAUUAGUGUUAUGGUAUCACGUAGCAAUGGCACCGUUUCUCCUUCUGCAUUUUUAGAACCGUUUAGUGCAUCUGUCUGGGUGAUGAUGUUUGUGAUGCUUCUUAUUGUUUCUGCCAUUGCUGUUUUUAUAUUUGAGUACUUGAGUCCAGUAGGAUAUAACAGGAACUUAGCAGGAGGGAAAGCACCACAUGGACCUUCUUUCACCAUUGGAAAGGCUGUAUGGCUACUUUGGGGUUUGGUCUUUAAUAACUCUGUGCCGGUGCAAAAUCCAAAAGGCACAACUAGUAAAAUCAUUGUAUCAAUUUGGGCUUUCUUUGCUGUAAUAUUUUUGGCAAGUUAUACUGCUAACUUGGCUGCUUUCAUGAUUCAAGAGGAAUUUGUUGAUCAGGUGACUGGACUUAGUGACAAAAAGUUUCAACGAUCAUAUGAAUAUUCUCCCCCAUUUCGAUUUGGCACAGUCCCUAAUGGAAGCACAGAAAGAAACAUUAGAAACAACUAUCCUGAAAUGCAUCAGUACAUGGUAAAAUUUAAUCAAAAAGGAGUGCAAGAGGCCUUGGUCAGCUUAAAGACUGGGAAGUUGGAUGCAUUCAUCUAUGAUGCAGCAGUGCUGAACUAUAUGGCCGGGAGAGAUGAAGGCUGCAAGCUUGUGACGAUAGGCAGUGGUUACAUCUUUGCCACAACCGGCUAUGGAAUUGCUCUCCAGAAAGGUUCGCCAUGGAAAAGGCCUAUUGAUCUAGCACUUUUACAGUUUGUCGGAGAUGGUGAGAUGGAAGAACUGGAAUCUUUGUGGCUCACUGGCAUCUGCCACAAUGAGAAAAAUGAAGUUAUGAGCAGCCAGUUGGAUAUUGACAACAUGGCUGGAGUCUUCUACAUGCUGGCAGCAGCCAUGGGCUUGAGUCUUAUAACUUUUGUUUGGGAACACUUAUUUUACUGGAAACUCAGAUACUGUUUUACCGAUGUUUGUACAGGAAAACCUGGACUGCUAUUCUCAAUAAGUAGGGGCAUUUACAGCUGCAUUCAUGGUGUGCAUAUUGAAGAGAAAAGAAAAUCUUCAGAUUUCAGUUUUACUGCUUCCCAAACCAAUAUGUUAAAAUUACUGAGAUCCUCCAAGAACAUGGCGAAUUUGACAAAUUUAAACCCUUCUCAGUGCAAUUCUCCAAAAAGGACACCUGAUUAUAUUCCAAGAGGGUCACUGCUGAUGGACAUGGUCCUAGACAAGGGGAACCUGAUCUAUUCAGAUAACAGACCAUUCCAGCAAAAAGAAAUGUAUCCAGAAAAUGCACAUGACCUCACCAUGUUAGCUGGUAAUCGCCAUAAAGACAACCUUAACAACUAUGUAUUCCAAGGCCAACAUCCACUCACGCUUAAUGAAUCCAACCCUAACACAGUUGAGGUUGCUGUUAGUGCAGAACCUAAAUCAAAUUCCAGGCCAAGACAACUUUGGAAGAAGUCGGUAGAAACUUUAAGACAGAAUCAAGGUUCUAUUAAUGAAAAUGGAACCGAUGAGCCCAAGCUAUCAAGUAAAAACCAACGCUUCCUUCCAGAAGAUGGACAUUUCUCUGAUGCUUCUGAGACAUCAAGUAGAGCAACCUGUCAUGUAGACCAUGAAAAUAAUAGCAAACACCACAAAAGUAAGGACAACCUUAAAAAGCGAUCUGUAUCCAAAUACCCUAGAGACUGUAGUGAAGUUGAGUUGUCCUACCUAAAAACCAAACACGGCACCAUUCGAGAUAAAAUUUACACAAUUGAUGAUGACAAGGAGCCCAAUUUCUUGAUAGAGCAGUCCCAGUAUAAUGAAAAUGCCCCUGUUGAAGAGGAAGGAGGUUAUGCUGAAGUGUAUCAAGAUCACAAUGACAAUUAUAGAAAGUCUGAACCUUCCCUACUUGGGAAUAGGACUCCCAUUCAUAAUGAAGAUAGUCUUCCAAAUAAUGACAUACAGUACAAGAUGUUUACUAAGCACUAUAGUGUAAAGGAAAAAAAUGCAUCUAUGACUGAAGUCAACGACAGAUAUAGGCAAAAUUCAACACACUGCAGAAGCUGUCUUUCAAAUGUGCCCAGUUAUACUGGUCACUACUCUGCCAGGUCCCCGUAUAAGUGUGACGAUUGCCUACAUAUAGGAAAUCUAUACGAUAUUGAUGAAGAUCAAAUGCUACAUGAGGCUUCCAACUCUAUGCAUUCUGAAGAUGUCUAUGAGCACAACUGGAUUGAGGACAACGCUCUACAAUUUCAAAAGAAAAAUAAGUUGCGGAUCCACAGGCAGCAUUCUUGUGACAAUAUCAAUAAAGUAAGAGAGUCAGACACUGGAAGGCAACCCCGGAGCAUAAGUUUGAAAGAUAAGGAAAGAUAUUUAGAAGAAAGCCCCUUUGCUAAUAUUCUCAUUGUCCCCCAUGAAAAACUAUUGGGAAAUAAGACUCCGCUUUUUACACAAUCCUUAAAGGAAAACAAGAGGAGCAAGUCCCUUUAUCCUGACAUUACAACUGAAAACCCAUUUCUCCAGUCUUUUCACGAGAGCCAAAAGCUGAGUCAUGGGCGCAGCUCCUCAGACAUAUAUAAACAAUCCUCAACAUCAAAAUCCAGAAAUGAUAACUAUUUAAGAUCAUCAAUUAAAUCCACUACUUCACACUCCUCGAGGGAUGGACGAAUACCCAAUGACAUUUGUGUUUCAGAGUAUGUUAUGCCUUAUGUUUCAAGCAAGGAUAGUCUGUACCCAACUCCAAGGGUUGUAAAUUCCUGCAGCAAUAGACGUGUAUUUAAGAAAAUGCCUAGCAUUGAAUCAGAUGUUUAAAAUGUAUGUAUGUAUGUAACAUAUGUUAUGUUAAAGCCUGAAAAUAUAGUGUAGCUGCCAACACUUUAGAGGCAAUCCACCAUGAUCAUUAGAACAAUAAUUUAGAAGAGCAGUAAUGGUUCUGAUUCCAUUAAUUUCUGUAGGGCUUUUAAGGUGUCUAAGUUUGUCAGAAAGUUACAGUUUUUUUUCACUGGAUUUGCCCGAUUAAAUUUUUCUGCUCUUAACAAUGGACAUCUGUGGUGGGCCCAAGACUGGGGUUAAAAUAUGUUCCUGGUACAAUAGCAUGAUUCCUGUCACCUGAAAGAGGACAUAAUGUCAUGUAACAGUACUGUCCAAAAGGGUAUCAUGCUUUUAUCCAAAAAUAUACAAAAAUAGUGGAAGCCCUCAACAUACAUAAGACGUAAUAUCUUAAAAAACAACCUUUUGCUGACAACAUUGCUACAGUAGGAUAAAAUAAGCCAUGAGAGAGAAAGAUACAGCCUGAUUCAAUUUUGGCAGCUAUAAUUUGAUGUACUUUGCCACUUAUGCGACUAGUACUAUACUACACUAGAGAGAACACCAUAUAAUGUUAUUUCUUAUCUUUUUACUAGCAAUUGAAGCAAUAUUGUAUGCAUGUAGUUUGACACAAAAAUGUUUUAUGUAAGAAUGCAUUUGCACAGUCACAAGGGGAUCUGUAAAAUCAACUUUUACAUAUUGAUCUAUUAAAAAAACAAACAGUAUUUAAAGUCCAUAAUGGUUGAGCAUAAUCUUCACAUAAUGAGUACUAAAGUGGACUGAAAGAGUUUGCCUUUUUAAAAGUUAUGUUCACAAGCGUUACUCAGAAGAUUACUACGUGUCAAUUUCAAGAUUUUUUUCCCCAUAUUCUAGAUUUGUAUUAUGGCCACAAGAAAGUCACCAUCAAAUCUAUUUUGUUUUAUUAAAUGAUAUCAUUCAUUAUGUAAUAAAAUUAUUAAAGAACCUUCAUGCCAGUGUCCUUUGCCACACUUUCCACAUUAUACAUCACGGUAGCCUAGGAUAUCACAAGUAUUCCAUACUGGUACCUUAUGUAUAUAGUUAUAUAUAUGUAUAUUUAUAUAUAUAAAUAUAUACACACACACAUAUAUAUAUAUAUAUAUAUAUAUAUGUAUGUAUAGUAUGCUGAAACAUCUACCACAAUUGUAGAUAUAUGGGUUCAGUGCAUAGCUAUAUAUACUGUAUAUAGAUCAGUAAAGAUGUAGCACAACACAGUGCAUUUACUUGAGUGUAAUAAUUUACCAUUGAUACCGAGAUUAACCUCUUGAACUUUUUUCUCUUAUAGUAACAAAAUGCAUUUUUCUUUUCUUUUUUUUUUAUUUUAUCAACUUUUUUAUGUUCUUCACAUUUUUUGGUGCAUGGCCGUUUGCUAUUUCUGCAUGUCUUCAUGUUAACUAUACAAGAAGUUAAGGUAGAAUACAGAUAGAUUUGCAAAUGAGUAAAAAAUGCCUUCUGCACUCGAGUCAUUUAAAAACAAUAAAAAAAAUAAAUAAAUAAAAGAUUUGCAAUAUAAGCGUAAAAAAAAAACAAAUUAUUUCCCAAAUGUAUCAAUUUCCAAUGCUUAAUUCUGAUCAUGGAUUAUCUUAGUGCACACUAAUAAUAGUGACUCUUUCAAGGUGUUCCUUAGAAAACAUAAGGAAAAAGAACUAAUCUUUGCAGGUACCAAGUUAGCAUGUAAGUCUAUAUAUAAAAUAUUAAAUUUAGGUUGACAAAUUUAUUUAUAGAUGUAUGAAUAUCUAGCUUAUACAAUAUGUAUUUUUGUCCAUUAGCUGUCAUUGUUUGUCUCUAUUUUCUUAGGACCAAAAACUGACAACACAUAAUACAUUGGAGGCAGGGACGUAGCUAUAGAGGUAGCAGAGGUAGCAGUCGCAUCGGGCCCCUGUUGCAGAUGUUGCAUCGGGGCCCAGAAGCUACAAGCUACACCUGAUUGGAGGCCUAUGGGAAAUAAGGGGAGAUGUAUCAUUGCUGUGCCUUGCAUAUUUUUUAAAACGGUUCAAAAUGUUUGUGCAAGCACCUGCUUUACACAAGAAUGACAAAGAGUGACAUUGUUCACCAAGCUCACCUUUAAAAAGGAAUAAAUUGCAGCUGAAAUCUAUGCCAGCUUCAAGCUGACAUAGAUUUCAGUGGGGGUGCAUGGGAAGCAUCAUAUGCACCUUUAAAUUAAACUAGUGUGCCUGUUCCCUAGAGGGGGAUUACCUAAAGGGGUACUCUGCCCCUAGACAUGUUAUCUCCUAUCCAAAGGAUCUCUGUGCAGCACCCAGCGUUUGUUUAGAAAGCUGGGUGUGGGCGGCAGGGUCAUGGCGUCAUACCACGUCCCUCGUGACGUCACACCAAGCCCCCUCAAUGAAAGUAUAUGGGAGGGAGCGUGGCUGCCUCCAUGUCCCCUCCCAUAGACUUGCAUUGAGGGGGCGUGGCAUGACAUCACAAGGGGCAUGGCAUGAUGUCACAACCCCCCUGCCUGCUCCAAGUAUUUGGAACAAAAUGUUCCGAAUGCUGGGGCAGCGGAGUACCCCUUUAAGACUUGUAUGUGAGAUGCCAGUCUUAGUAAAUCUCCCCCAGGUCUUUAUUUUAUAGAUUUUUUUUUUGUGAAUGAAUGGGAAAUGUAUUCAGUUAAGAGCUCACACAGGUGCACAGUCAAACAGGUAAAGCCCUUGUGAAAGAGAAGCAUAUGGAGGCCUUGCUUUACAGUAGCUCAUCUUAGGAACCCCCCUGUGACCCUCCCAAUCUAUCAGUAGUUUUGUCUAUAAAAUCUAUGUACUCAGUCCCUUAUAUGCAAUCUAAUAUAUAUAUAUAUAUAUAUACAGUACAGAUCAAAAGUUUGGACACACCUUUUCAUUAAGAGUUUUCUUUAU